AUGGCGGCGGCUGUCCUCCCACAGCUCCCACAGCUCCCACAGCUCCUCCUCCAUGAUGCUGCCGUUUUGUCGGCUGUGUUCUUCCUGGUUGUGGCCAAGCUGGCGCAAGAUGAUAACGGUGCUGUGCACGUCAACUCGAGUGACCCAGCAACCCAGCCCGUGUUCCUUAAUGGCGUCAACGUCGUUUCGGAGAUGCAAACGCUGCGUGGAACCGUGGUGGCACAGCAGAGCAUCUUGCAGGCGUACCAGUCAACGGUUCAAGCACAGCAGAGCAUGAUUGCCGCACAGAACAGCACGCUUCAAUCCCAGCAGAGCAUGAUCGCCGCUCUUCGAGGCAGGGUGUGUGAGGCGACUGCCAGCACGUUUGGGCAACUCGGCUCCUCUUCAUACAAGUGGCGUGGCGGCGUUUUGGCCAACAACGGCCUGAUCUAUGCGGCCCCGCACAACUCACCUUCCGUCCUCAUCAUCGACCCCAGGACCAACACGGUCGACACGUCCUCCAUCUCCGGCUUUGGCACAGCCACAUACAAGUGGGCGGGUGCCGUUUUGGCGCAUGCAGGUCCCAUCUACAUGUUCCCGUCGAACAGCGCAAGCAUGCUCAUUAUCAACCCCGACACCAAUACGGCUGACACCACAAGCAUCCACUCGCUUGGCACCAGUGCGCGCAAGUGGUACAGCGGUGUGGUGGCUGACAACGGACUCAUCUUCGGCGUCCCUUAUUUUGCCGCGUCUGUGCUCAUCAUUGAUCCUGAGACCAACACAGCAGACACCACAACAUUGGGCGGGCUGUCUUCGGAUGCAUUCAAGUGGUAUGGCGGCGUUCAGGCGCCCAACGGUCUCAUCUACUGCGUUCCCGUGACAGCUUCCUCUGUCCUCAUCAUCAAUCCAGAGUCGCUGACGAUGGAUGUCACCACAAUUCAAGGACUUGGCACAGGUGGCUACAAGUGGCAUGGCGGUGUGCUUGCGCAAAAUGGGCUCAUCUACACCAUCCCAUACAGUUCCACGGCCACGCUCGUCAUCAACCCGAACACCAACAUCGCCGAGGAGCUGCCUGUCGCCCAGGUCUGCGGGUUCAGGAAAGCUGGCGGCGUGCUCGCACCCAACGGCGACAUUGUCGGCAUCCCCCUCGGCGCCCCAUCGGCUCUCAUCAUCGAUCCCACACGAACACAACAGACACAGCGACCAACGUGCACUAUUGCCCCUCCCAUCGGUGGCCGUCCUACGCUGCUAGCCCUGAUGCCCUCACUCCUCUUGUUAUAA